CCCAAUAAAAAGGCCUACAGAGGGCACCCCGAAAAUUCACAGGCUUUGAGUUAGCAGGCAGAUAAAUCAUCAUCGUCACACAAUUUGGGUUUGUUGCUUCAAAAGACCACCAUUGAACUGCAGACCAUAAUUCAAUUCAAAGCCUUCCCGACUUGAGAGAAUAAGUUCCCCUAAUGCCCACACACAUGGCGUAAGCUGAAAGUACACCGCUUCGCUCUGGCUCUGCUUCCAUAUCUCUCUUUCUCUCUCCUCAAUCAUCACAACACAUAAGCCUUCUUAUUCUACCGCCGAAAAUCCCUUCAGCUUUCAUCGCAAACCCUAGAAGAUGUCGGGCGGGUUCUUCAGGGGUACAUCUGCUGAUCAGGACACAAGGUUUUCCAAUAAGCAAGCUAAGCUGUUGAAAUCUCAGAAGUUUGCACCUGAAUUGGAGCAUUUGGUGGAUAUAUCGAAGGUGAAUAUGGAGGUUAUGCACCCGUGGAUUGCUAAACGGGUAACAGACCUUCUCGGUUUCGAAGACGAAGUUCUUAUCAACUUUAUUUAUGGUCUUUUGGAAGGAAAGGUAGUGAAUGGGAAGGAAGUUCAAAUUUCGCUUACUGGAUUUAUGGAGAAAAACACUGUGAAGUUUAUGAAAGAGCUUUGGACGCUUCUUAUCAGUGCACAAAACAAUGCUAGUGGUGUCCCUCAACAGUUCUUGGAUGCCAAACAAGAAGAAGCACGGACAAAGAAGGAGGAGGCAGACAGGUUUGCAAAUGAAAUUCAGAGAAAGAAAGAUAAGGAGAGGAUGGAUCAACAAGAGAUAUUGAAGAAGAUGGAAGGAGGGGUUGAUAAGAAAUCAAGCAAUAUUGCGUUGGAGCCAAACUCAAAACAUAUGUCACCAAGGACUUCAAAUGAUCGUUCUGAGGAUGAAAGAGGAAAUGAAAAGCGCAAUGGUGUGAAGGCAAGGAACAAGGUUUCAAGAUCUCCAAAUUCAGGAAAUUCAUCUCUGUCUCCUAGUGAAAGACGUCGGUCAAAAAGUGUUUCCAAGUCACCAAAAGCACGGAGACGGUCCAUUUCUUCGGAAAGAGGUUAUCGCUCUCCACCAAGACGGCCUAUUACAACUCUUCGGAGGCAUUCACCUGAGGGAUCACUCUCGCCGAGAGGAAGAUCACCUUAUUCGAGGCGAAGAUCUAGAUCAUAUUCCCCACAAAGAUCACCCUCUCCUUAUCGGCGUAGAUUACGUUCUCCCUAUCGGCAUAGAUCACCUUCUCCUGGUCGUCGUCGAACGCCUCCACCUAUUAGACGUCGGAGAUCACCCUCACCUGUCCGACGUCGCAGAUCACCCUCACCUAUCCGACGUCGCAGAUCACCCUCACCUGUCCGACGUCGCAGAUCACCCUCACCUGUCCGACGUCGCAGAUCACCCUCACCUGUGCGGCGUCGCAGGUCACCCUCUCCUUUGCGACGUCGCAUGUCACCUUCUCCUGUAAGACGUCGCAGAUCCCGCUCACCUGUGCAUCGCAGAUCUCCCUCACCUGCACGACGGUGGUAUCGAAGAUCUCCAUUGACUUCACGUAGGAGAUCUCCGGUUCGUGGUGGUAGGAGAUCACCAACUCCUCGGAAUAGGUCUCCUUCGCCUUAUGUCCGAAGUUCUGCAUCUCCUAUUCAGAAUGGUUCCCCUUCACCAAUCAGGGGGACAAAGUAUCAGAGAUCUCCAUCACAAUCUCCUCAAGAAAGAACCAGGUCCCAAUUUUCUCCUGUGCCACGUCAGUCCUCUAGCUCUCCCGGAUCACUGCAGAGGGAGUCAAAGAAAGAGAAAGAUUCUCGUAAAAGAGCACCAGAUUUGUCGCCAUCACCAGAGAAGUCUCGCAUACUGUCAGAAUCUCCACCAGGUGUAAGGAGUGCUAGUGAAGAAAGGAGAUCCUCUAGUCCUUAUGAGAGUCCGGUGCGACGACCAAGGGAGCAAAUGACUCGUAAUAUUAGCUCAAGUCCUCCAAGGAAACCAAGAGAACAAAAGCUUCGUCGUGGAAGUCCAGAAAUAAGCGAAGAGGAGGAUGGUGAUGAUAGACCUAAGUCCACAGAGAGAAGAUCAAAAAAUACAUCAGUGAUCAGUAAGCCGAUAGUUUCUCCUGCUAAGGUUCAUAACAAGGAAGACUACUCUCCUGAAAGAGUAGCAUCUGGUCAUAGAUAUACUGAAUCUCGGAGUCGUCUGGAUAAUAUGGAAUUCAGAAACAAAGAGCAGGAGAUGAGGAGUGGGAAAUCUUCUGGGAGGGGUGCCCCUGGAACUCCUGAGCAACAAAAAGCAGCAACCAUGUCAAAGGACUCUCUGCCUGGUGAGACUCAACAAGCAUCAUAUCCUAAUGAAGGUAGAAGGACUGAUGAUAAGAACCGCUCUCAUUCAAAGAAUUCCAAGGACAGUGAGCGGCAUCACAAACCUGGAUCUGUACACUCUUCAGUUGAAAAGGUUGAUCAUAUUAAUCAAAGUGGCACUUUUGAUUCUGGUUCUGAGGAAAGUGACAAAUGCAGAGGUGGGGAUAAGGAAAAAAGAAAGAAUAAGAGAUCAGAGAGGCAAGCAGUGACUUCAGAUGAUGAUUACAGUAAUGAUUCUGAAAUAGAAGACAAGAAGGGUUCUAAAAGGAGGAGGAAAGAGGAAAAGAGAUUGCGGAAGGAGAAGAAGCGCCGAAGACGUGAGGAGCGACGCCGCAGAAAAGAAGAACGUCGUGCAGAGAAGCUGAAGGGAAAGAAUUACAGUGAUGCUUCUGCUUCAGGUGGUGAACAUGUAGGCAGGAGGGAGCUUCAUUCAAGUGACAAUGAAGAGGCAGAGGCUAUUCAGAAGAAACUUGAGAUUGAGUUACGCAAGAAGGCUCUUGAAUCACUUAAAGCAAAGAAGGGCAUCAAUCACUAAAUUUGUUACUAUGUUCAGACGUUGUGAUGUUAUUUAAUCUUUUCAAUCCUUUUAAGCAGUAACAUUUCAGAUUUGCUAGGAAUUUGAAUGAGAGUAUUUCUAUGUUUUGUUUACUGUUUAAUGUAGUCUGUGUUUACUGCUGGCAGCUUAAGUGGAUAAAUGAGGAUUUCCUGAGCUAUUCUCUUGAGUUCAACUUUAUGCAGACCUUGCUGCUAGAUUUUCUGCUUGUUUGAUGUGCAAAGUUGGUUACAAUUUCAGGUAGUUUUUGUCCUGGUCUGUAUGAUUGGCUGAUCUUAUUUCUUUCUUACGACAAAGAGAACCUGAAGGUCUUAUCUGUUUCAUUCAUGAGGAUUUACUAAAAUUAGCUUUCUGGUUAAUUGGUAGAUGAAAUUUAUGUCAACUAGGUGUCACCUACUUGAGCAGAUCAUGCGGAGAUCCACAUUUUGACCAUUGGUUCAGGAUGGAAGCUUGAGAGUUGUUCCUGGGACUUAAUUUUUGUAAAAUUCUCCAUGGUGCUGUGGUCUUGGAUUUGUCUGGUCCUCAUGUUGAUACCGACUGUAAGGUUGAUAUAGAUGGUAUACCAUUUAUGUAUAUGAAAUGAUUAAUAUUAUAUGAGAACGGAGGUGUUAAUCUUCACCUUAAUGUUCUUUUCUAACUGUGUUUCACAUCUGGGGUGAAGCAUUUAAUUUUGAUAGGAAAAGUUUGUUGAUUGGAUAAUUUAUGACCCUAAUAUACGUUUCCGUCCUCGGGCAGUA